CUCGGUGAGGAGAAUAAGGCUUACUGCUGCUUACUGAUCAGGAGACGAGAGCCUGGGCUUCUGCUAGCAUACACUGAACAACAGUGGAGUGAGAGAGAGAGAGAGAGAGAGAGAAAGAGACAGCACAGCCAUUGUGAGAGUUGUUUUCUCUUGGUCUGAGAGACAGAAAUGAAAGUGUCCACCAUUGCUCAUCAUGCAGGGGAUUUGCUGACGCUAGUGUGGUUCUGACCAGCUCGGACUAGGAGGGGCUUUCACCAGUCUCCAGCCUGCUACACAACAACGAGGAUUCGACUGCAGGCCCGUCUAGGAACAGAUCUUUAAGUGGCCGUGUGAGUGUGGGCAGAAGUAUGGAGGCUCCACUUGUCUGUCUCGAUGAGGAGUUCGAGGAUCUCCGGCCAUGCAAGAUGCAAGAGGAACUGGAACCGGAGCUGGCACCGCACCGAGCUUACGGGACCAUUCCUCUUGCGCCGUUGUGCCGGGAGGACUUCUCUGAGCUGGAGAACUUCUCAGAGAUGAUGAGUUUUAAGUCCAUGGAGGACCUGGUGAACGAGUUUGACGAGAAGCUGAACGUGUGCUUCCACAACUACAACACCAAGACAGAAGGACUGGCUCCGGUACGCGAUCAGUCUCAUGCUGAGGAGGAUGAGGAGCGACUGCAGGAUGAAGAUGUAUGGGACGCUCUGACUGAUAACUAUCUGCCGUCCUCUGUGUCCAGCUGGGAUGGCCCGAAUUCAGAGACACUGAAUGGCAACCUUUCAGAUGAUGAAGUAAGCAAGCAAGCUUUGAUACACGAAAAAGAGGAGGAGGAGAUGAAUGAGAAGAAUGAAAAUGGAAACUGUCUGAGUGAAGAACCUCUCAUCACAGCUGACCAGGUGAUAGAGGAGAUUGUUGAGAUGAUGGAGAACUCUCCUGAUCCAGGUGAGACAGAGGAAGAGGAAGAGGAGGAAAGCGGAAUCUCAUCCCCUAAGGCUAACCCCUCUCUCCUGGAGGAGAUCCGCAUGCUGUCUCAGGCUACCAACAACAACAACUGCUCCUAUGAAGGAUUGAGGCUGAUGCCGAGCUCAGACCUUCAGGAGCUGCUGGGCCGUGUGGAGAUAGCAGUGAGGGAGUUCUCAGAGGAACUGGUGACUCAGUUGGCACGGAGAGACGAGCUCGAGUUUGAGAAAGAGGUGAAGAAUACUUUCAUCACGGCCCUCAUGGAGGUACAGAACCGACAGAAGGAGCAGCGGGAGCUCAGCAAGCGCCGCCGCAGGGACAAGGCCAUGAGCCUGCACGGACCCGGCCGCUCUGAGAAGACUGGUAGCAUGCCAGUAAAGAGAUUCAGUAUGGAGGGGCUGUCUAACAUCCUGCAGACAGGAAUCAGACAGACAUUUGGAAACUCAGGGAUGGACAGACAGUAUUUAAACACGGUGAUCCCGUAUGAGAAGAAAGGAGCCGCUCCAACUGUUGAGGAACUUCAAAUGCUGACAAAAAUUCUUUUCGCCAUGAAGGAGGACAGUGAGAAAGUCCCCACCCUCCUUACUGACUACAUACUCAAAGUUCUGUGUCCCACGUAAGCAGCUGUGUGUGCUGUCCUGUCUUCGGGGUUGUGAGGAAGACUUGAGUCUGCCUUGCACUGUCUCCCACCUCUCUCUCUGUAUUCCACUUCCAGCUGCAUGAGCUCCUUCACCCUUUCAUCAACAAGGGACCCUUAAAAUCUAACCAUCCUCUCUUUCGCUUAGCUUAAUCCAGCUCAUCUCGCUGUCCUUCCUGCGUGUGCACAUAUCCACAAGGCCAGUACAGCAGAGCCUGGUGCUUUCCUAUUUUUUUUGUAUAUUUUACAAUGGGCCAAAAGCCAUAUGGAGCAUGUUAGGAGGAAACAGACAAAUAAAAAUCCGUUUCCAUCACUGAUCAGGUAUUCUCUAUUCCUCUCUCUUUUUUUAAACCUGGACGAGGGCGCUAUGUUACUACUUGUCUGUUCAGAAGGGGUUGGCAGGUGCAUUGAGGGACGUUUGAGCACAUGCGUAAAUGACUAGUCUGUCCAUCUAACACUUUCUGCUUUUUGCUGUUUCCGUAACGUGGCUUCAUCUUAGUAGACAGCAUGUUUUAAUGUGCGUAUUAAUGCUAAUUUAUAGAAAAACACCCACUGAUAACCAGAGGCCACUUAGUUUAUUUUUAUUUUUUUUGACAAUGCAGAAUUUGUUUAAGAAUAUCAAGUUUUUUUGUUUUGUUUUUUUUAAUCACUAAUCAUGUCACUCAUUAUCACCAGAGAGUAGA